AUGCCGGCUGGUGACCUUCUGGCCUCGCUACUCAAGCAUGCCUCUUUUUCGGCCGCCAUCGCGGUCGGCUUAUACGCGACGCUGUUGGGCCUACUGACAACGCAAACUUUCCAAUCCCACGUGGUGUAUCUGCAUGCCUUCGAAAUGACAUGGCUUAAGGACCUCAAUGUCCCUGAAACCUUUGGCUUUCUACGGAACCAGGUCACCCCUUUUACAAUCUGGACUCCCGAUGGGGAGCAGCUUUACGCCUGGCACAUCCUGCCCGUAGAACUGUACCGUCAGCACGAACAAUCCCUGGUCGCGGAGCCCGCCGGAUUGGUCUCCGACAUUACCUCCCGGCUCUCCUUCCAGCUUCUGCGCGACGAUCCUGACGCUCGCCUGAUCUUGCACAUGCAUGGUGCCGGGGGUACGGUGGGUUCGGGAUAUCGCGUUCCUAACUACCGGGCGCUGUCCGCUGGCCAGCCAGAGAAGAUCCAUGUUCUCACUGUUGACUAUCGGGGGUUUGGGCGGAGUACUGGUCAACCCUCGGAGGCGGGCCUGAUCACCGACGCCCGUGCGGUGGUCGACUGGGCCAUGACGGUCGCUGGCAUUCCCCCUUCUCGUAUUCUCAUCUUCGGUCAGUCCAUGGGGACUGCCGUCAGCCUUGCCAUCACCCGCGACCUGGCCGUCCAAUCUCCGCCCGUGGUCUUUGCUGGCACCGUGCUGGUGGCCCCGUUUGUUGACGUUGCGACGUUGGUUUCGACCUACCGUGUGGCGGGCACCAUUCCGAUCCUGUCCCCACUUGCGCGCUUCCCAUGGCUCUUCGAAUCUCUGCAGCGCUUCAUCCGGGACAAGUGGCUGAGCAAGGAUCGCAUUGCCGAGUACGUACGGGCCAACGAAGUGAACAGGGAAAGAUACCAUCUUACCAUCAUUCAUGCCGAAGACGACUACGACAUCCCCUCGUACCACAGCCAAGCCGUGUUCUGGCAUGCAGUCCGAGGAACUGUACUUGGAGGCAUCAGCUACGAUGAGCUAGAGCUCAAGAAACUAGACACCAAAGUAGACCUUGGCGCUGCUGGUACUGUCGUGGAAUGGAAGACCGACAAUGGCAUCAUCCGGGAACAGAUCCUGAAGACUGGCUUGCAUGAUACUAUAAUGGGGUAUCCGGUAGUUACCAUGGCCGUUAUGCGUGCCUUCGAAUCGGUAAACCCGGCCUUCACGGGUCUGCUGCACGGAAACUAG